CGCCUUCACUCUUUUCAUCUUCGUCUCCCCUGCAUCUCAACACCUCGCUGUUUUCAUCUUCUUUCAACCUUCUUGUUCUUCUUCGUUUCUUUCCCCCUCAAUCUUCUUAGUAACAUUAGCUUAGAUUUCUUUUCCCUGAUUUAAAGUUCAUUGGAGUAUCAAAACGAAACCUAAUGGAGUUAUCGGACGAAUGGAAGUCUCAGUUCCCAAUUCGCACCUCCUUCAAGCCGCCACUGCUUCUCUCUUCUUCUUCCCUAGGCCCCCUUUGCUUCAACCCUAAACCCAAUACCCCACUAGAACCCCUUUUCUCUUCUCCGUCUUUAUUUCCUCCUAUCCUCAAUCCCACUCCUCAACUCUCCCUGUCCAGGUUUCUUUCCACAUCCUCUCUCCCGCUCUCCACGGCACACUCCAUUGCUUCUCUCUUUGGCGCAAGCUCCUACCAUCAUGACCCUGCUGCCACGUCUUUUUUGUUUCAUAAUCGCCUCCGGUUGCUUCACUGCCCGGACCAGAACAUUGCUCUCGUGUUCUUCUCAACUGGGUCCAACCAUGACCAAGUUGGGUUUUUGGUUCUUCAAGUGAAAGAGGGUAAAUUGGAGGUUGUAUGUAAUGAAAACAAUGACGUUUUUGUGGCAAAGUAUCGGUUCAAUCAAAAGAUUUUGAGAAUUUUGGUGAACCCAGUCGGUGAGUUUGGCGAUUGUUUAGGUAACUCUACUCCUGAUGUUGUUGUUGGGUAUUUGAUGGCUUGUACUAUGUAUUCUGUUCAUUGGUUUUGUAUCAAAAUUGCUGAGUCUAGGAACAGUCCUGUUGUAGAUUAUUUGGGUUUUAAAUUGUUCAAGACUUGCUCCAUUGCGGGAGCUUGUUGGAGUCCACAUUUGCCCCAAGAGAGUAUGGUUUUGUUGGAGGAUGGUUCAUUAUUCUUGUUUGAUUUGGAAACUUAUUUUAGAUCUCAAAAACCAAAUGCCUGCUUCAAAGGGUCUAGAUUGAGAGUUUUAUGGGAUGAUUCAGUUAGUUUGGAGAACCAUAAAUGGCUGGGUUGUGAGUUUAGUUGGCAUCCUAGGGUUCUGCUUGUUGCUGGAACUAAUGCAGUAUUUUCUGUUGAUUUAAGGCUUGACGAGUCUAACAUAACUUGUUUAGCAAAUAUUGAGAUGUUGAGGUUGUAUGCUCCCGUUGAAAAGGAACGGUUCCUUGCAUUCUCUGGAGCAAGAUCCAGUGGGUUUCAAUUUGUUUUGGCUUCCAAUAGUUUGUUAAUUCUUUGUGAUGUGCGUAAGCCAUUGAUGCCACUUUUGUAUUGGGCUCAUGAUCUUGGUAGACCAUGUUACAUUGAUGUGUUUAAAUUAUCCGAGUUAAGAUCACAAGCAUGCUCUGAAGCACAUGAGUGGGCUACCAAAUCAGGUUUUUGCAUCAUAUUAGGAUCAUUCUGGGAUUGUGAAUUUAGGCUAUUUUGCUAUGGGCCUUCUUUGCCAGCUUGUGAAGAGUCUAUUGCUUCAGGGAAUUCAAAGCCUUGCAAACCCUUUUUCUCAUGGGAGCUACCUUCCGAUCUCUUCUUGUCUGUUCGAGAGUGUUGCUGUGGAAGUUGUCUUGUAAGAGAAGAGUUUGCAAAGGAUGCUCUUCCUGGGUGGAUUGAUUGGCGUCAAAAGAAAGAGAUAGUCCUUGGAUUUGGAAUUCUUAACCAGGAUCUCUCCAAUUUGCUAUCUGAGUCAGAUGAAUUUGGUGGGUUUACUUUAAUUAGGCUGAUGUCUUCAGGAAAGCUUGAAGGUCAGAGGUAUUCUGCUUCAUGGGAGUUGGUUAAAAUAUUGCAUGAGUCCCACAAGGAAUCAUUAUUGAAUUUUGAGUCUAGUUUACUUUACUUCAUUGAAGAUGAGGAAUACAAAUUUUCCAGAAGAUUCGAAUAUUUGAAGCUUGAAUAUCUUAAGGGGUAUUUGAAUGGAAAUCUUGCUGAAAUCCUAGAUUCCAAAAUGAGAAUGUCCUCUAAGGGUCCUUUAGAGAAGGAAUAUAGCUUAGACUUCCAUGAAAUUUUGUGUGAGAAGCUGAAAGUUUGUGGAUUUGGUCGCUUCCGGUCUUCCCCUGCCAUUGCUGCUGUUUUUAAUGAAAUUAGCUUGCUAACAAGUGUAAUUGAGGUUGCUUUGAGGCAAAUGUGGGCGAGUUUACCUAUGGAACUUUUACAGCUGGCCUUCUGUAGUUAUUCUGAAUGUUUUGACGUGCUCUUGGAGAAGAAGAAGGUAUCUUUGGAUUUUGCAGUUGUUCCAAACCCACCCCAGUUGCCUCCUUUCUUCUUAAGGAAGCCUUCAUGCCACAGCAGUAAGGGUUCAAAUAGAGUGCAGCUUAGUGAUUCUCUUACAUCUGCCAUUGGUGACACACAGAAAAACUAUAAAGAUGAAGAUUUUGAUACUUUGAUAUCUCAAGUGUGUCUGAAGGAGGAUAAUCCUGGUGAGCACACAGAUACCAUUGGUGCUGGACUGGAACUAUUUGAUGACUUGUGCCCUAUCAAGUUGAACUUUGACGUUCAUGGAACGAGCUUUGGGUCACAACAGUUAGAAACAUGCAAUUUAUUGAAAAAUUGGUUCUCAAUGUGGCAAAAAAAUUACCGUCCGUACCAUGAACUCUGCACACGGACCAAAUUUGGGAAGAAAGAUGCAGAAUUCUGAUAUGUAGAAGUGGCGUUUUGAAUUUCCAUUAGGGUAUGUUAAUUAACGAAAUGAAGGUUCUCUCUUCUCUCUCUCUUUUUGUUUGUUUGUAUGCAAGGUAGAACCUGCAAUUGUUACCCAAUCUCUUGACUAUCUACUUCAUUUUUGCUUCUUAAUUCUUUCAUUAAUCUUGAUUUGGUAGCUGUGAGACAUGCCACCAUCAACAAAAUUGAAAUCAGUGG